AGUUGCAACACACGGGCUUCAAAACUAGUUUAAGUUAAACAAAAAUAAGUUAGAAAAGUGAGCCAUAACUUUGUUUUCUCUCACUAGCCAUCCCAUUAACGAUUCAUUCUAACAAAGGGGAAGGAUAAACAAACAAAGAAAAGGAUCCGUAAAAAAGAAAAGGAAAAAAGAAAAAAGAAAACAGAAACAGAAACAUAGAAAAGAAGUCGUCUCGAACCCUAACCCUCGAUUGCAAUUUACAUCUCUUUCAACAUUCAUCCAUUCAAGCUUUCUAAUCUAUCAAAUUAACAUAUUACCACACAAAAUUUCGAAUUUCCAGCACAAAAUUACUUAUUCUGCGAAUUCGAAAACCAGAUUAGAAGAGUUUCAGAAUCGAAGUUCAAGGAUUGCGGGCUAAUUUUAUCGAUUUUCGACGCGAACUGAUAUCUGGAUCUUCCGAAAUUUUCAAGUGUCGUUGCUGGGCCAAGAAGUGUGUUACUUGCAUUGGGGAUAUUACUAUGUUCUGGAGAUGAAUGGUGAAGUGGUCUAUUUAUGGUGGAGUUGAUGCACUUCGGGAUUUUGGGUAUCAAAGAAUUGAAAAAUGAAUGUUCAGGGUCUUCAGACACACGUGUCCGGUCAGAUCUCUGGGCAGGUUCCUAAUCAGAAUAGUAAUCAGCUGUCUGGAUUGCCUCAGCAGAAUGGAAAUACAUUCCAUACCCAGGUGCAAAAUAUGGGUGGUCACAAUGUGGACGUGGAAGUGUAUAAAAUGCGCCGCUUCAUGCGAGAUAAGAUCUAUGAGAUUCUAAUGCUGAAGCAAGCACAACCUAAUGAAGCUGUUUCAAGGAAAUUGCUAGAUAUUUCUAAACGCUUAGAAGAGGGGCUGUUUAAAUCUGCUACAACAAAGGAGGACUACAUGAACAUGGAUACUCUUGAGAGCCGCUUGCAGGCGUUCAUUAGGCGAACACCACAGAAUAACCAUGCUCCUCAACCGUCACAAUAUAUGAAUACUCCUACUCCUGUUGGUACUAUGAUACCUACACCUGGUAUGCCGCAGCAGCACAAUGUAAAUUCAAAUGUGAUGGUAUCAUCGGCAGUGGAUCCUUCUAAUAUGAUCUCAGCUAGUGGUGGCAUGUCAUCUUCAAAUCCAGGUAUGGGAGGCUUGUUACCGAGUUCCAACGGGUCAUUUUCUAGCAUUCGUGGUGGUUCAUUCCACGGAGCUGAAGGAUCUCUUUCAAAUAGUUACCAACAAUCACCAUCUAGUUUUUCCGUGAAUUCUGGCAGUAACAACGUAAUGGCUGGGCAGAGAGUUAUGAGCCAAAUGAUCCCUACUCCUGGUUUCAGUAGCAAUAGCAAUCAGGCAUUAGUGAAUGUGGAAAACACUAGCAGUGGUGGUGUGUUAUCCGGUGUUGAUACUUCUGGUGUGUCACAACAGGUGCCUCAAAAGCACGUUGGUCAAAAUAGCCGCAUGUUACAGAACCUUGGCAGUGCGGUGAACAACGGAAUGAGGUCUUAUAUGCAGCACAAAUUCCAAAAUGGGUCUGUGAAUACUGGAUUUGGAAAUAAUUUACAAAUGGCGAAUGGUUCGAGCUCUUCAGAUAGCUAUAUGACCACAUCAUCUUUUGGCGCCUCUCCUAGACCUAUGCAACAGCCUCGUGAUCCAAAUCAGCGCCCUUCUGUGCAAGGUGAGGGUUACAGGUUGAGCGCGGCUGAUGCAACUGGAAGUGGGAAUUUCUACAACACUGGAGCUCAAGUUGGGUCUCUGAUGACUAAUCAGAAUGUAAACCAAAUGAGACCACAUGCAGUAAGCAGACCGAAUGCCUUAAUGAACCAAACUAGCACACAAGCUGCACAAUCAGCUUUGUAUGCAAGGCCUCAAAUGGUGGAGCAGGGAGAAAAAUUGAAUUUCCAAUCAUCACCUAGAGAAAAUCAUUCACAAUCAUAUGGUAAACAGUAUCAACAACAGGUUCAACUUUUGUCACAGCAGCAGCAGUUUGCAAGCCGUCAACAGAGACAGCCUAGUGAGCAGCAGCAGUCUUUGGGGAGAAAUGAUCAAUUUGUUCAAUCGCAAACAUCUGACCUUGGUAACCGUGUGAAGUCUGAGACAGGACUUGAGCACCAGAGUGAGGUUCUUCAGUCACAAGUUUCUGCUGGGCAGCACCAGCUUUCAGAUUCACAUUUUAAUGGAAAUCUUACCAGAAGUUCUCAGCCUUCUUCAGCUCCAUCAGGUCCUCAAGACAUGCAGUCCACUCUCAUGCAAAAUUCUCAGCAGAUGAUGGCUGAUGAGGCUGCAAACGAAUACAAUAACGUGCCUUUUGGAGUACAAUCAGAUGCACAGCUGCAUAGUCAGUGGCCUUCUGAUACAGACAGAUCGUCAUUGGCUGGAAAUUCAUCCCAUGAACAGCAUGUGCAAGAGGAGUUCCGGCAGAGAAUGGCGGGGCAUGAUGAAGCUCAGUGCAAUAAUCUGUCUUCUGAAGUUUCUAGCAUUGGCCAAAAUGCUGCUCCUAGGAGCACUCUGGAUCAACCUCGAGUAGUUGGUGGUGGGUCCUGUAGUUCUGGGAACUUUCGCGAGCGCCAAUUUAAGAACCAGCAAAGAUGGCUUUUGUUCUUGCGCCACGCACGUUGGUGUAGAGCACCAGCAGGAAAAUGUCCGGAGCGCACUUGCCCUGAUGCACAAAAGCUAUUGAAGCAUAUUGAUGGUUGUUCUACUUCUUCUUGCACAUAUCGGGGCUGUUCUGCGACCAAAACACUUCUAGUUCAUCACAAGCAUUGUAGAGACCCCACCUGCCCUGUUUGUAUACCAGUCAGGAAUUUUAUACGUUCACAAGGAAGGGCAUAUGCUCGUAAAGAUUCUGAAUCUGGUUUGCAACGUUCAAUUACUGGAAGCUGCAGAUCAUCUGAAGCUGGAGAAGGGAAGGUCAAAGAUGUGUCGAAGCCUUCCGAAAUAGUUGCAGAACCUAUUGACAAUCCACCUGCUGUCAAACGCUUAAAGCCAGAGCUUCCUUCCCAAUCUGCUACCCCUGAUAGUGGAAGCAUAUAUUUGCCGAUUAGUGCUACUAAUACCUCUCAUGUUCCCCAAAGUGUACAACCAAAAUUAUCUGAAAAAGUUGAUAGCAGCUUGCAGGUUAAGUCUGAAUACUCAGAUGUGAAGAUGGAGGCUUCAGUUGGCUUAAAUCCUAAUGUUACUGAGGUAAAGAGCAUCAUGAUGGAUACUUCUAAUCAGCAGGUGGAUGUUACUUCUACCUUGACUUCUAAGGAAGAAAGUGUCAAACUUGAAAAAGACAAUGGUCAAGUGAAGCCAGAAGAGGAGGAUUCUCCUGAAGCUUCAUCUGGAAAGUCUGGAAAGCCAAAGAUUAAAGGAGUAUCUUUAACUGAAUUGUUCACACCAGAGCAGAUAAGGGAGCACAUCUCUGGUCUUAGGCAGUGGGUUGGGCAGAGCAAAGCUAAGGCAGAAAAAAAUCAAGCGAUGGAACACUCAAUGAGUGAAAACUCCUGUCAGUUAUGUGCUGUUGAGAAGCUCACUUUUGAACCGCCACCUAUUUAUUGUACUCCAUGUGGUGCUCGAAUAAAACGAAAUGCGAUGUAUUACACUGUUGGAGCUGGUGAUACACGUCACUCUUUCUGUAUUCCAUGUUAUAACGAAGCGCGUGGUGAUACAAUUGCUAUUGACGGCACUGCAAUUCCCAAGAUUAAGCUGGAUAAAAAGAAAAAUGAUGAAGAGACAGAAGAAUGGUGGGUGCAAUGUGAUAAAUGUGAAGCCUGGCAGCAUCAGAUAUGUGCGUUGUUUAAUGGAAGACGGAAUGAUGGUGGUCAAGCUGAAUACACAUGUCCUUAUUGCUAUAUGCAAGAGAUUGAAAGGGGAGAGCGUAAGCCAUUGCCGCAAAGUGCCGUUCUUGGGGCAAAAGAUUUGCCAAAAACGAUUCUCAGUGACCACAUUGAGCAACGGCUAUUCAAAAGAUUGAAACAAGAGAGACUAGAUAGGGCUAGAGUCCAGGGAAAAAGUUACGAUGAGGUUCCUGGAGCAGAUGGAAUUGUUGUUAGAGUUGUGUCAUCUGUUGACAAGAAGUUGGAAGUGAAGCCACGGUUUCUGGAGAUCUUCCGUGAAGAGAAUUAUCCAACUGAAUUUGCUUAUAAAUCUAAGGUGGUUUUGCUUUUUCAGAAAAUUGAAGGAGUAGAAGUGUGCUUGUUUGGAAUGUAUGUGCAAGAGUUCGGCUCGGAAUGCCUGCCUCCAAAUCAACGCCGUGUUUAUCUUUCAUACCUUGAUUCAGUGAAGUAUUUUAGGCCUGACGUAAAAGCAGUUACUGGAGAGGCUCUCCGUACAUUUGUUUAUCAUGAAAUCUUGAUUGGGUACCUGGAGUAUUGUAAGUUACGAGGUUUUACGAGUUGUUAUAUCUGGGCAUGUCCACCUUUGAAGGGUGAAGAUUAUAUUCUGUAUUGCCAUCCUGAGAUUCAGAAAACACCAAAAUCGGACAAAUUGAGGGAGUGGUACUUGGCGAUGCUUAGAAAAGCUACGAAGGAAAAUAUUGUGGUUGAUCUUACAAACUUAUUUGAUCAUUUCUUUGUGCAAACUGGUGAAAGCAAGGCCAAGGUCACUGCAGCUAGGCUCCCUUAUUUUGACGGUGAUUAUUGGCCUGGGGCUGCAGAGGAUAUGAUCUAUCUGAUUAAUCAAGAAGAAGAAUGUAGGAAACUGAACAAGAAAGGAACAACAAAAAAGAUGAUCACAAAGAGGGCUCUUAAAGCAUCUGGGCAGUCAGAUCUAUCCAGCAAUGCAUCAAAAGAUCUUCUUUUAAUGCAUAAACUUGGUGAAACGAUUUCUCCCAUGAAAGAAGAUUUUAUUAUGGUCCAUUUGCAGCAUUCAUGCACUCACUGUUGUGUCCUAAUGGUUUCCCAGAACCGCUGGGUUUGCAAUCAAUGUAAGAAUUUUCAGCUAUGUGACAGGUGCUAUGAAGCAGAACAAAAGCGUGAUGAUAGAGAAAGACAUCCUAUAAACCAGAAGGACAAGCAUCCACUUUAUCUUGUUGAGAUCACUGAUGUGCAAGAUGACACCAAAGACAAAGAUGAGAUUCUUGAGAGUGAAUUUUUUGAUACCCGACAGGCAUUCUUGAGUCUUUGCCAAGGGAAUCAUUACCAGUAUGAUACCCUACGUCGUGCUAAACAUUCCUCCAUGAUGGUGCUUUACCAUCUUCAUAAUCCAACUGCCCCAGCAUUUGUGACGACAUGCAACAUAUGUCUUCUCGAUAUUGAGACUGGUCAAGGUUGGCGUUGUGAAACAUGUCCGGAAUAUGAUGUAUGCAAUUCUUGCUACCAAAAGGAUGGUGGUAUUGAUCAUCCUCAUAAGUUGACAAAUCAUCCUUCCAUUGCUGAUCAGAAUGCACAGAAUAAGGAAGCUAGACAACAGCGUGUUCUACAGCUACGGAAAAUGCUUGAUCUGCUAGUACAUGCAUCUCAAUGUCGUUCACCACAUUGCCAGUAUCCCAAUUGCCGGAAAGUUAAGGGUCUUUUCCGUCAUGGGAUACAAUGCAGAGUUCGGGCAUCUGGGGGUUGUGUUCUUUGCAAGAAAAUGUGGUAUCUUCUUCAGCUUCAUGCUCGAGCUUGUAAAGAAUCUGAAUGUCACGUACCUCGAUGCAGAGAUUUGAAAGAACAUCUAAGGCGGUUGCAACAGCAGUCUGACUCUCGUAGACGAGCAGCUGUGAUGGAGAUGAUGAGACAGCGAGCUUUAGAAGUAGCUGGCAAUGCUUAGUCCUUUUGUACAUAUGUUCGGACACUUGGAGGAGUUAUCCGAGAACGUCGUAGAUGGUAAAUUAUCCGAAGUAUACUGAGAGCAUAGUAACAAGAGAAGUGAGUCUCUGGACUAGUGGGGAGAAAAUGUGGAUUUACACUUCUGUACAGAUUCAACAUCCAGAAGCCAUUAAUAUGUCAAGAUAUAUUUCCUGCUUCUGAAACUCUCCCUCUGAAGACACUGGUGGGAUUCUUUGCCACAUUUUAUUAGAAAAUGUAAAAAAAGAAAAGAGGAGGGAAGAUGAAAGAGAUAGUGUUUUUAUAUCCAGAGCACUCAUCCUCGAAGCUUACUAACAUCACAUAAAUGGAGCAUCAGAGGUUAGUGUUCAUCUUUGUGAGGUGGAAGAAUUGGUGAUUCUUUAAUUCUAUCCUUGUGUAUUUUCUGCGAUGCCAUCGUUGGUGGCAAGUGUACUAUAGUCUGUAUUUAUGUCUGAGAUACGUUCCUUUUUGUGCUAUCAAGCGUAGGCGGCGUUUGCAGCUAUGUGCUUUCUACCUCCUAUAUGUUUGUCUCCUUUUUUGUAGAAUAUUCAUUUCAUUCUGGAAAAGAAAAAGAAGUUCCAUCUGAAA